UCCAGGCCAUUCCAAUACUUCAGCAAAAUUACUUCUGGUUCCAGGCCAUUCCAAUACUUCAGUAGUGUCGUUCCAAAUGUGGGAACACACGUACACGAUCCGGCACGAAAAGGAGCAGCUGGAACAAGGCGAGAGGCAGCUGUGGUUGGUUGCCGCAGCCGCAGCAGCAGUAACAACAGUUCACUUGCGGCCAGAGGCACGUGCCUUCUGCCUUGGUUGUUGUGGGCUUGUGGCUAGCCGUGCAGAAUACAGAGCGAAAGAGAGAGAUGGCUAAUAUUGGGAAUCUUGUUAUCUGUUCUCCUUUUCAAGCUGCUCUCCCUAGGCUUUUGGGUUUGUGAGGCGUUGGCUCCCUUCCCCACUGCUUCCUCCCCCACUGCCGGUCGCUGUGCAAGAGCUGCCACGAGACAGCAGAUUCCCCAUCAUCCAAAGCGAGGUGAGAUUCUUGCUGAAAGAUCGGACGGAGGGAGUAGAAUCGCGGGGGGCGUGGCUGUGGUUGCCAGUCGCCAUGCCAUCAUGUGUGUAGUAGGGUCCAGCCGCCGGAGACCGGAGUUGCUGAUGACGACUUGGCGAUGCUGUGGUUUCCAGGCUGAGGGGGAGGAGAGGAAGCAGGAAUAGCCUAACAGGGGUAUAGAUCUCAGGAAGCUCCAUGCGGGUGAGCUUGUGCCCAAGCCUGUGUCCCGGUGCGCGAGGCUGAGCUUCUUGCCCGUUGCCCGUGGCGCCCCCGAGCUCACCGAUGCGCCGCCGCCGCCACGGCUUGAGCUCCAUGGCUGUCCAGCGCGCUGGUGCGGAUUGACAGGCAGGUUGUCCUGCCCGUUCUUUUUUCUGAGUAUGAUGGUGGAGCCGCUGUUCUGUUCUUGCCAUGAUUGACGAUUUCUCUGUUAAAAGUUCAACUGCUCUCCGGAACAUUCCAUCCGCUUCCGUUCUGAUAUCAGUAUCACCUUGCGCACUUCUCUGUGAAUUUGAUGACGAUGAUGAUGCAUACUUGAGUGCCCAGACAUGCUCCUGCAAAUCCGUCCAGUUCCUGCAGCUUCCACGACCCGAACUCUUUCAGUUCUUAACCUUUUUCUCUCUACCAUUUUGUUGCUUCAGCGAGGUAGCUGCUUGGGCAGACAAGUAGGAGCAGCGGCUCAAACUUCGGAUCUCGGCAUGGGCUCCUUUGGGAUGGACUGGAACCAGAAGGCCUCCGUGUUGUGGGACUGGGAGAACUUGCCGCCCGUAGCCGUAGGCGCGAGCGGGAGCGAGAACCCCAGGAUGGCUGCUGCGCCUCAGGCUUUGCAUUCUGCCUGUGGCACCAUCUCUUCCAGCUCAGAGAUGGGGUAUGGCUCAUCCAAGAGCUCCGUAUCCGCGUCGGCUGAUGAUUCUUCACCCAAGGCCAAGGGGAAAAGCAUGGAGCUCAACUUCGCACCUGACAAAGUGCCUGACAAGAACACUGAUUCAGGGAAGGUUGACGACGCCAGGACCUCUCCGUCGUCGCCGGUGAUUGCCAUCAGCAGUGCAGAGCCCGUGCUUAGCCUGAAGCUUGGCAAGAGAACGUAUUUCGAAGAUGUCUGUGGAGGGCAGAGCGUCAAGAGUUUGCCGUCGGAUACGAGUGCAGUGACUCCUCCUCCUGCUUCUCCGAAGAAGACGAAGGUGACUCCAAACAAGAAAUCUUACUGUCAGGUUGAAGGCUGCAAGGUUGAUCUCUCUUCUGCUAAAGAGUACCAUCGGAAGCACAGAGUCUGUGAACCUCAUUCUAAGGCUCCCAAGGUGGUUGUUGCUGGUCUGGAGCGGCGCUUUUGUCAACAGUGUAGCCGGUUCCAUGGAUUAGCUGAGUUUGACCAGAAGAAGAAAAGCUGCCGCAGGCGCCUCAAUGAUCACAAUGCCCGCAGACGGAAACCACAACCUGAAGCACUUUCUUUUGGGUCAUCAAGGCUGUCGGCAAUGUUCUAUGACACAAGACAACACACAAGCCUUCUGUUUGGUCAAGGUCCUUAUGGUCAAAUGAGAAGUUGUGCAAGUUCUUCAUGGGAUAACCCUGGAGGUGGCUUCAAAUUUGCAGAGACAAAAGGUCCCUGGUUAAGAGCUGGUGGUGUUGAUGGGUUGCAUCAACCAAGUCAGCAGGUGUGGAACAACUUUAUGCCACAUGGUGUCCAUCAAGAUUUUGAUGGGUUCACAGCUUUCAAAGGAACCAAUGCAAAGGUCCUUCAUCAAGGCGUUGAAGCUUCUGCGGUCGCCUCCAACCAGAACGGCGCCCCACAACCGGACCUUCAUCGUGCUCUCUCUCUUCUGUCAAACAGCUGGGCUGGUGGUGGUACCGGUACCGGUACCGACCAGCACCCGACGGCCCAGCUGCGCCACGCUGCCCUGAGCAGCAGCCUCGCCGCCAGCUCCGUCUCCGUGGCGCAGGCCUCGCCAGCAGGGCUGUGGCAGGACGGCGGCGCGGCCCUGGGCCACCACGACUACGCCCACGCGUUCCAGGCUAUCAACACGCCGGGCGGCGGCGGCGCCGCCGCUCCCAUUGCAGUGGGUCAGGAGCUGCUUCAGCUCCCGCGUCCGCCGUCCCUGUACGACGACGGCUCCUCGUCCCGCUACGACCUGAUGCGCUGAACCUUGGGGCUUCUGGUGGAGCGCGGGGUUUCGAUUUUUGAACGAACUCUGGAUGGAACUCGGAGUUUUGAACGAACUGCUGUAUGCUUGCUAUCAAGGUCUGCUGGCUCGGGCUCGGACGCUCGUGGGAUCGCCAGCAGCUCCGUGUGCUUGAAUAAAUCCACAGUUUUUUUUUGUGUGACGCUAGCUAUUUAUUUAUUUCACUUGUGUAA